AUGUCAUCGUCAUCUUAUAAACAAACUAUUAAUAAAAACUUCAAUAAAGUCAAUAGUAUUCUUGAACGAAAGUUAAGGAAAUACCUUGUUGGUCCUAAAAAAGGUGAAACAUUUGAAUUGAAAAAUGGAUUAGUAUCACAAUAUAAACAUGAACGUAAAGAUGCUAUUCAAAGAGUGAUUCAAGCAAUGACAGUAGGUAAAGAUGUAUCAUCAUUAUUCCCUGAUGUAUUAAAAAAUAUUGCCACUUAUGAUUUGGAACAAAAAAAAUUGGUUUAUUUAUAUUUAAUGAAUUAUGCUAAAACUAAUCCUGAAUUAUGUAUUUUAGCCGUUAAUACAUUUGUACAAGAUACUGAAGAUCCUAAUCCUUUAAUUAGAGCAUUAGCAAUUAGAACAAUGGGAUGCAUUAGAGUGGCUAAAAUGGUGGAAUAUUUGGAAAUUCCUUUACAAAGAACUUUAGCUGAUGAAAACCCUUAUGUUAGGAAAACUGCUGCUAUUUGUGUUGCCAAAUUAUUUGAUUUAAAUCCCGAAAUGUGUGUUGAAUUUGGAUUUUUAGAUGAAUUGAAAAAAUUAUUAAGUGAUCCUAAUCCAAUGGUUGUUGCUAAUGCAAUUAAUUCCUUGAGUGAAAUUAGAGAUAUGAAUACUAAUGAAAAUUUAGAAAUUUUGGCAUUUAAUAGAGAAGUCAUUAAUAGUUUAUUAUUGUGUCUUAAUGAAUGUACUGAAUGGGGGAGAAUCACCAUUUUGAAUACAUUGGCAGAAUAUGACACUAAUAAUGCUGAAGAAGCUAAUCAUAUUAUGGAAAGAGUCAUACCACAAUUACAACAUGUUAAUCCUUCCGUUGUUUUAAGUUCAAUUAAAGCUAUUUUACAUCAUUUAAAUGCUAUCCCCGUCACGGCCCAAAGAAGUAAUAUAUUGAAGAAAUUAUCAGCUCCAUUAGUUUCUUUAGUAAGUACUUCUAUACCAGAAGCUCAAUAUGUGGGGUUGAAAAAUAUUAGAAUUAUUUUAGAAAAAUAUCCUAAUGUAUUAUCUAAAGAAUUACGAGUUUUUUUCAUUAAAUAUUCUGAUCCAUUAUAUUUAAAAUUGGAAAAAUUGGAAAUUAUGAUUCGAUUAGCUAGUGAACAAAAUAGUGGACUUUUAUUGGGAGAAUUGAAAGAAUAUGCUAUGGAAUUUGAACCAGCAUUAGUAACAAAAGCCAUUAAAUCUAUUGGAUCAGUUGCCAUUAAACUUCAAGAAAGUGCAGUUAAGGCAAUUAAUCUUUUACAUGAAAUCAUUGAUGAAAGAGGUGGUGAAUUAAUUAUUAAUGAAGCAGUAGUUGUAUUGGUUAAUAUUUUAAGACGUUAUCCUGGGAAAAAUGAUUUAGCUACCUUGAUUAUACCAGUUAUUUCCAAUCAUGUUAAUGAAUUAAAUAAAACUGAAGCAUUAUCAGGUUAUAUAUGGUUAUUAGGAGAAUAUCCAAAAUAUUUUUCUGGUUUAUAUGAAAAAUUGAAAAAUUUAGUCGAUGGGUUUUUGGAAGAUGAUUCAGUAUUACAAUUGAAUAUUUUAUCUACUAUUGUUAAGAUUAAUUUGGAAUUAUCUAGCAGUAAUGGUGGUCAAUAUUCUAAUUUAUUACAAAAAAUUUUAGAAUUGGCCACUAAAGAUUGUGAAAAUGCUGAUGUUAGAGAUAAAGCUUAUAUAUAUUGGAGAUUAUUAUCAUCUUCAUCUAGUGAAGAUCAACAAAAGAAGAUUUUAUUGACAAAAUUACCACCUAUUGAAACAACAAUUAGUUCAUUUAGUCCAAGUUUAUUAGAAACUUUAUUGGAUGAAUUAUCUACUUUAUCAUCAGUUUAUUAUAAACCAGCGAAGACAUUUAUUGAUCCUAAUGCAUAUUCACGAGUUCCCGUGGAAAAGAAGAAUAAAACAAAGAUUGAAGAUUUGAAAAAUAUGGCUAAAGAAGAAAUCAUCACUAAUGCUAGAAAUGAUAAUUUACUUGAUUUCGAUGAUGAUGAAGAAGAAGAGGGGGAUGCACUUAGUGGGUCUAAUGGUGAUGGUAAUGGUAAUGUUGGAAAUUUAUUAGAUGAAUUGAAUGAUUUGUUUAGUACUCCACCACCACCACCAUCAACAUCUCAAUCGACUCAACUGCAAACCACUGGAGGGCAAACUUCAACUAAUGAUAUUUUAAGUUUAUUCAAUACAACUAUUCCACACCAAUCGACUCAAAGUUCAAGUACUCAUGGUAUUGAAAACUUAUCUGUUUCCGGAAAUGCAUCUACAACUACUACAAAUAAAAAUAAAAAUAAUAAUAAUAAUGUUAACAAUGAUCUUUUGGAUCUUUUUUGA